AUGCCACGUGGGCGAUGCUCCACGAACUCACCAAGCUACGUCGAGAUUUCGGACCGCAGCAAGGGCAGCGACGGUGAUGUCGCUGAGAUCUUCUCUCCUAUCAAGCGCAGUACGCGCACCCGCAACAACCAGAGCAACGAGGUGUCGGCGCGACCAGUUCGCUCGACGCGCGUGACAAAAAUCAUGCGCGACUCGGGGUCAGAUGUCGAGUUCGUGGGGGAGUCACCCGCCCCGAGCAGACGAGUGUCAAGUCAGCCUUCCCCAGCUAGCAUCCCAGCCAAGAGGACUAAACCAGGACCGACCUUCCUUGGCGUCUACAUACCCAAGUUGAGACCGUCGCAGGAGAUGAUCCGCGAGUUCCGAGACAAGCAGGCUGCGGCUGCUUUGGCAGCGGCGAACGACGACGACGUCGCUUCAUCUGUCCAGAGGGACAGGUCCGCCAUCUUGCAGUUGGAAUCUAGCGUGGAGGAUGAGGAUGAAAUCGACAACGACCUAUAUGCCGCGCUCAAGCGCUCUACGGUCUCGAACGGGGGCACGCGGGGCCCGACGCCUGCCAAAUCGAGACCGUCAAAGAAGACGACGAGGCGGUCGCUUAAGUCUGACUCGACGGACGAUGAUGUGUCCCACAGAAAACGCAAGGGGAAGCAACGACGCCGCCACUCCGACUCGGGCGAGCUCCCCCGGUGCAAAGCUACAGUAAGCCGCAGGCGCGAUUUGGAGGACUCGGAAUCAGAUGUUGCCUUACGACGCAAACGCGAGAAAGAUGGAGAGCGAAGGCGAAAACGUCGUCGCGACUCUGACGACGACACCCAGGACGAGGGACUGGACGAGAUCGAGCUUGACGAACCUGAGCGCUUCAAGACCAAGUCGCGGCUGCGCAAGGUUAAGAAGAACGCAUUCCAGGAGCGCCUGGGUAGCCUCCAGAAGAAGCGACGUGGGAAGGUCUUCGGCGCGAAAACGGAGAGUUCAAGCGAGGAGGAGAGCUCGAGCGACACUGACAACGACCGGCGCCGUAGACGCGCUGGGCCGAGCAAGAAUCGCAAGUCGACAUCGCAGUGGAAGUAUGUCCAGGACGACCUGAGCGACUUCAUCGCGAGCGACGACGAUAUCGAUGGUGCACCAGUGCCGCGCGGUCGGGGUCGAGGUCGCGACCAUGUCGACCUCGAAGCGUUCACAUUCAAGCGCGAGACACCGGAGUACAAGUUCAAAGUCGUGUUCCGGUACCUCCUGGUUCUCGUCAUACAGGGGCCUGGCGCGCUCCUUCCAUUGAAUGGGAAGAACGACCAGUAUUAUGGUCGCUUCCUGCGCAACUUGCGCGACCAGAUGAGUGGUAUCAAGAGCAGCAUUUCGAGCGUGCUGUGGCGCUCCGAGUUCGUCAAGGUGCUCAAGAAGUAUCCGCAGUGGAGACAGGCGCGCCUCGAGGAGGAAGAGGACCACUGCGAAGCAUGCAACCGCUCCAAACAGGCAUGUCGCCACGAAGCGUGGCUACGCGGUUCUCCCUACCAUCCCGAGAAGCACGAGGAUGUGUACGACAUUGAACGUGCCGAACAGCUCUCGGCCCAGCGCCGCCGACGGCGGAAGUACAAGAAGCUCGGGAAGGAAUACAGCAGUGAUUCAGAUGACCUGCGCGAAAUCGGCGCUCUUGGGGCAACUUGCCUCACACGUACCAACCUGUGGCAUGAGCUGCACCACUGGGAGCACAGACUUUACACCGACGUCCGUCAGUACUACCACGACCUGCUGCGGGCGAAGGACGACGCUGUGGAGACGGACAGCGACAGCCUGCUGAGCGCAGCGUCCGACGCCACGGCUGGCGCGAAAGCUGACCUCAAGCGCCGCAGGGCAAUCAGCCAACGCCGCGUCGCUGACCUCAAGACGCGCCGCCUGCCGCGAGACGCCGAGGAUAUCGAUGAGGUCACGGAAUGGAUGGACCGGCAGGGGUACCAGAAGGACGCGAUGCGGUACCUCACACGAUUAGUGGACCGCGCGCGGGAUCUGGACAGUGUCAGGCGUUGA